AUGGCUCGCGGAUCCCUCAGCGAAAAUGAGCGUCUCUGUUUGGAUGUGAACGCAAAAUCUCAGCCAGAGAGGCUGCAAGAGACGGAAAAAGUGCUGGGCGAUGGCAAAUCUAACGGUCUCCGGGUACGUUUCCUGGACGAAGAAGGAAAAACUGAAAGAACAGUAAGCGCCGAUGAGGUUGAUUGCGCAGUUACUCGCGUUAAGAAAAUACAUAUUCUUAAAAAUAGAAGCUCAAGUGAAACGAGUAUUUUAUUGAGAAAUCCAUCUCUUGCUAAAAGACGUUCCCACUCUGAGCGCCGUUUCAGUGACGGACAAACAGACAGUCUUAAUAAUAAUUCUCUCAGUGAAAACCUUAAUGGUAAGAUAACGAUUAAAAAUGAUUUAGACAAGACUGACCUCGGCGCAGAUAAUACCAAAGAUUCGAGCCAGAGCUUUAAGAAAAAUUGCAAUGUCUAUAGUGUAAACCAAGCAAAGACUCUCACUCCCGAGCGUAAAAAAUCGAUUCCUCGGGGAAUCCCGAAAUUAAUAGGUCACAAAGAAACCGCGCAAAAUAAAUCGAUUCUCCCGGCUGAGGUUUGCUUGGCUGACAAUGCGUCAGGAAAAGACUUCACCGCUCGUGCAAUAGGAAGGUUGUCGAGAGGACUUGGGAAGUUAUUGCGACGAUCAAACAGUGUCAAAAUUAGCGAACCAGAUCCAGUCUACAAGGUGGCCUAUCUAGGAAAUGUCCUUACAGGCUGGGCACGAGGUGAAAGCAGCAUAGAGAAGCCGUUAUCAACAUUGUGGCGUAAUUACCAACAAUCUACCAAGCCCGAUGUGGUGAUGAAACUAUCAGUCACCAAUUCAGGUCUAAAAGGCAUCACCAAAGAACAUGGACUAACCGAAUACUGGUCCCACCGUAUUACUUAUUGCGCCAGUCCUCCGCAUUAUCCAAAAUUAUUCUGCUGGGUAUACCGUCACGAGGGAAAGAAGUUAAAACAUGAACUUCGCUGCCAUGCCGUCCUUUGCACCAAAGAAUCAGUAUCAAAAAAAAUAACCGAGGAGUUACAAAUUAAGUUAAAGCAGGCGCUAGUCGAAUUCAAAAAGGACAGAAUCUCAAAACAAAAUGCGAGGUUAAGUCUUGCCAACAGUGUUUACGAAAACCCAAGCAUGCCACGCAGAAAAAUACUGCUCAGUGUGGGCGCAAUGAAUUACCGACCUCCAUUAGAAAGAUCAAAGUCUGCUCCAAAACUUGGAGCUAUUGAGGAACUCUGGUCCGAAGAAGACGAAGAAGAAGCAGAGAUGAACGCAAAACAAAAAUCCUGCAAUGUCACUGUUGAUGAAUCUUGUGCCUCACAGACAUUAGACAGACGACGACAGGAAGCAAAGUCUCCUCGCAAGUUUUCUUGCCCUGGCGGAUUUACACAUAGAAUCCAACAGAAAACCGAUAAUAGUUCACACAAUACUGAUAAAUUUAUUGAUCUUCUUGUGAAAGAAAGCAACUUAAAGACGGAAAGUGAGAACCGCAACGAAACUAGUCAUAGCGAAAGUAAUAAAUCUGAUUCACGAUUGAAAGAAUCUGAAUCAAGAUUGAAAUUGUUGGAGGUGAUAUCUGAAUCACGUGAACUUAUUGAUAGUUCAAUUUGCGUCGAUGAGGUUAGAAAGAAAAUGCAUACACAAAGUAACUUCCUCGUCACUGACAGCGACGAUGGAUCUGUUUCUUCUGGCUGUGAAACUGCGAGCACUGUCACCUCUUCCGAUGCCGAGCCGUCGUCACUCCCUUCACAAUUCCCACAGGAAGAAAUAAAGGAAUCUGAUAGCGAUGAAGAAAAAGCAUCUGCGUAUGACGGGGUGCCAGUUUUUGAGCGUGAUUCAAUCAGAGAAAGUAAUAGAAGCUACGCCAACUCCAUUCAUGUAAUGAAUGAUGAAGCUGAUAUCACAAACACCGUGACCUCUGAUGAAGUAAAUUACAUACCUAUAGGGGAGAGAAACGGUUUUAGACGAAGGUCAACGUAUCCACCAUUACGCGCUGACUCUUCAGUACUCGCGAACCUUGAAGGCAAAUUCGAAUCACUUAUCGACAAUAUUACAGAACUGGAUAGUCUAAAUUCCAGCACUGAGACAGAAGUUUUUAACAAAAACGCAGAUGACAACGACAGUGCUUGCAGUGAUGAAUCUGGAUAUUCAGAAUUUCUAGACAACGGCAAGGAGAGUAUUAUCGGUAAUACAAUUAUGGUUUAA